GGAGUGGUUCGGUGGCGCGGCCGGCGGUUCCCACGUGGUGCGGUGACUGGGGUAGCGGGCUCUGGUCCCCGCCGACUUCCUGGGCCUGUGCGCCCGCUGCCUGCAGAAAUGCCCAAGAUCAAGUCUGGGGCGAGCGGCCGGCGCCGCGAGCGGCAGCAGGGCCGGGAGCUGAAGAGCGCGGGAGGACUCAUGUUCAACACGGGGAUUGGGCAGCACAUUUUGAAAAAUCCUCUAAUUGUUAACAGCAUUAUCGAUAAGGCUGCCUUAAGACCAACUGAUGUGGUGCUGGAAGUUGGACCUGGAACUGGCAAUAUGACUGUUAAGUUGCUAGAAAAGGCAAAAAAGGUAAUUGCCUGUGAACUUGACCCAAGGCUAGUAGCUGAACUGCACAAAAGAGUUCAGGGCACACCUCUGGCCAGCAAACUUCAAGUAUUGGUGGGUGAUGUGUUGAAAACAGAUUUGCCAUUCUUUGAUGCUUGUGUAGCAAAUUUGCCUUAUCAGAUCUCUUCUCCUUUUGUCUUCAAAUUGUUGCUGCAUCGACCUUUUUUCAGAUGUGCUGUACUUAUGUUUCAAAGAGAAUUUGCUCUCAGACUGGUUGCAAAACCUGGGGAUAAGUUAUACUGCAGACUCUCAAUUAAUACACAGCUGUUAGCCCGUGUGGACCAUUUAAUGAAAGUUGGAAAGAAUAACUUCAGACCACCACCCAAGGUGGAAUCCAGUGUUGUAAGAAUAGAACCUAAGAAUCCGCCACCACCUAUCAAUUUUCAGGAAUGGGAUGGCCUAGUAAGGAUCACCUUUGUUAGGAAAAACAAGACACUGUCUGCUGCAUUUAAGUCAAGUGCAGUACAGCAGUUAUUGGAAAAAAACUACAGAAUUCACUGUUCAGUCCAUAAUACUAUAAUACCAGAAGAUUUCAGCAUAGCAGAUAAAAUACAGCAAAUCCUAACCAGCACAGGUUUUAGUGACAAGCGGGCCCGUUCCAUGGACAUAGAUGACUUCAUCAGAUUGUUACAUGGAUUCAAUGCAGAAGGUAUCCAUUUUUCUUAGGUAUCUGGAAAACAGAAUUUUCAAACUCAAGAAAAGAAACUUGAAUUAUAUAUUUUUAAUAAUUUGAGAAGAUAUGUAUGCUUUUCCUCCACUGGGACACUGUGCUUGACUAUUUUUGAUUUAAUGUUACUAUUACUAGUAAUUAGUCCAAAUUUCUAAGGUACUUAGUCAAUUUUAAGUUCCCAAGGUUUUUUUUCCGGUUUGUUUUUAAUAUUUAACACAGGGCAGGGUCCAGUCUAUACAUGAUAAUUAUCAAGAGCCAUAGACACAACUUGACACUUAAACUUCAUUUCUAACAGGUUGUUGUAUAAAGAUGUUACUCUAUUUUCUAUGUUAUAUAUUACUGUGAAGACCAUUUAGGCCUUCAACUCUUUAGUCCUUUAUUCUUCAGGUAUAAAGUUAAAUAUGCUUAACUGAGUCACAUAUUCCCCAUAUCAUUUAUUAUUAUUCAUAUGUACAGUAAAACAAUUUUCUUAUAUUUUAAUUUUGUUUUUCUCUCUGUUUAUCCUAUAUAACUUCUAUCACUGCCUACCUACCCCUUUACUUAUCCUGUAACAUCACAGUUACAUCAGGGUUCUGGGUAAGCUUGAGUCUGCUCCUGAGACCAUGUGGUGCCAGACAUUACUUCUGGGCAUGAUUCCUUACCUGUAAAAUAAGGAUGCUCAACUAGAAUGUGAAAUGAAUUAUAAGAUUGUAUGUUUUUUCUUGGGGAGAUAGUAAUAGUUUUAACAAAAUUUCCAGAGGUUUUAGAAAUCAAAACUUCAUUUAAAAUAUCUGCCCAUCAAGUUCAAAACAAAACUCAACCAGUAAUUUUCCCACAAGAACAGGCUCCCAGUAUUCCUCCUAUAACUUCUGGAUAAUGAAAAUUUCCAGCACUCUUUUAUAUACCUGAUGCUUAGCUAUAAUCUAUUUAAAAUGUAAGGAUGAUAAUUUCAAUAGAUGUCACAACCAUAUCUUAAUUAGUUACUAUGUCUAAAUCAUUAUCAAUAUUAAUUGUUAAUGUCCUUUAAUAAAGAAUUAUAUAUAAUAGCUGGUUAUUUAUAUAAGGAAAUAAAAAUAUCUUCAUUUUUUAUGCCUACCUUAA